AUGAGUGAGAAAAAAGGGUUUGAGAUAACAAUCGGAACUCUUGAUCCUAAGCAGCUAUCUCAAGAAAACUUAGAACUCACUCGUAGAAUAGAGAUGCUUGAGGGGGAAGCUCAAGAGUUUCUUCAACAAAUUGAAGAUUUAGAAUCUCAUUAUAAUUCCGCAAUGAAGCAAAACGAGCAAUAUCGCCAAAUUCUAGAUUCAAGUGGUAUUCCGUACGAUGAUAAGUCUGCACAGUUUAGAAAAUCUUCUCAAAAUUACUCAGAAUUAACGACUCAAAACGAAAAAUUACGCCAAAUCUUAAAUGCCGAAGGAAUUGAGUUUGAUGAGAAAACUUUGAUGUUUAAAACAAGCAAAACUCGUCUAAUGCUUUCUAGAGCAAUUAAAGAAGUAAAUCGACUCCGAAAACUUGUCAAAAUUCCAGUCCUCGAUCUCUGGGAUGCUGUAGAAAGAGGAUCAAUUGCGUAUGCUAAGUAUUUCCUUCAAGAAGACCCAACAACAGUUUUUGUUCUUAAAAAUGGAACUUCAGCGCUUCAUAGAGCAAUUGAACUCGGAAACAUGGCCAUGAUUAAGUAUCUGAUUGAACAUGGAGCUUCAUACUCCACGCCAACCGAAAAUGGUACAACAUCUUUGAUGUUGGCCGCAAGGAGUGGAAAUCUUGACGUUUUCAACUACAUCUACGAAAAGACAGAGAACAAAGAUGCCAAAAGGCCGGACGGACUUACUUCUCUCCAUUGCGCGAUUUCCGGUGGAAAUAUCUACAUAAUUAAGUACUUAAUUACAAAAGGAUUUGAUAUUAACGCUCCUACAAUUACAGGCGUCACGCCAAUCCUCUGCCUUGAGGAAUACAACCCCACAGUUUUUGAUUAUUUAAUUGAAUGCGGCGCCGACAUCAGAGCUAAGACCGUUUCCAACAAGACACUAUUGCACAUCGCCUGCGCUAUCGGCAGCUACGAGUUUGUUGACAGAUUAGUCUCUUUAGGCCUUCCAUUAGAUUCUGUCACAAAAGACGGCUGCAACGCUCUCCACAUGGCCACAGUUGGCGGCAACAUCAACAUCAUAGAGUCCCUAUUACGGGAAGACUACGGAUUCCACAUAGAUGACCGGACUUCUCUCGGAUUCACUCCAUUUCUGAUCUCAGUCCAAGCUGAGGACAUAGACCUGGCGAAAUUCUUACUUGCCCACGGCGCAGACAUGACAACCACCCUCGAAAACGGCCGCUCUGCCCUGCACAUCGCUGUUGCCACUUCCAACAUCGAAAUGUGCAAGUUUUUGUUGGAUUCCGGACUUCCAAUCGACGCCAUCGACAAAGAUAGCAGCACCCCAAUCAUGAUUGCGUACUCAGAACGCUGCCUUCCGAUGAUUGAGUUUUUGCUCUCUCGCGGCGCCACUCCGAACGAGGAUUUCAUGGAGGCGGAGAAGAACUCUGUGCCAUCACCAGGCCAGCUGAGGGUCAAACUGCUCUACGAUCCGACGGAGGAACUUCCGAAAUUGAGGAAAGAGAACGAGGAGCUGAAGAGGAUGCAGGUAGAUAUGAGGAAAGUCAUUGAGGAUUACGAGAAGGAGCACCCGAUCAUUGUUUACAGCGAAUUGGGGACACAAACACUUAAUUCCGGAAUUAUUUCGAAGAGAAUGGUCAGCCAGAUAGGAAUUGUCACUUACGCACCACAGAAGGAGCAGCAACAGAAGCUAAAGAUGCUGCAGGAUGAGAAUAAGAAGUUGAUGAAUGAAAUCAGCGAAUUAACUGAAAUUGUUGGAAAUUACAACCAAGUUAAAGCAAAUUUGGCCACGGCACAGGAAGAUCUAACAAAGGCAAAUGAUGAGAAAUUGGAAAUAGAGAAGAAAUACAAGGGAAAGAAAAGAAAAAUCGAAGCUGAAAAUAAGAAAAUCAAAAGAAUCAUGGAAGGUAUGGGUGCUGGCAUCGUCGCACUCCUUGCGGUUAUUAUUUAUCUCUUUUUGAACUACUCCCAAUAA